GGAACUGGGCAUCCGGGGUGCGCGGGGCUGAAAGGGCCAUACGAGGCGGGGAGGGGGGGCUGUGGGCUCCGUGCGCCUUGGACCCGCUCCCGCUAGUCCCCUUCCUCCUGCACCCUUGGGCCUGAGGCUUUUAGUGCCGAGAUCCCCCUAGGCCGGAAUCCGUGUCUCAGCCCGGGACUCCUAACCCGUGACUCCUUCAGCCAACACACCCACCUCCACCCCAGCCCUGGACCCAUUCUGGCCUACUCCGGGACCUUCUUAGCCCUGUAUCUUGUGGCCCCGGGCCUAGAUUUCCUUUUCACCUCCAGGGCCCAUAUCCCUGUACCAUCCCUGUACCAUCGCCGACCUUCCCUUCUCCACCCUUGGGAUGCCUCUGUUCCCUCGCCCUCUCCUCUCCUGGAGUGCCCUGCGGGUUGACCUCCUUCCUCUCCUCCCACAGCACGAUUUGCAGACGAAGUUGCAGCUGCGCUACCAGGAGAUCUCCAAGCGAACUCAGCCUCCUCCCAAGCUCCCUGUGGGCCCCAGCCACAAGCUCUCCAGCAACCACUAUUACACUCGUGAUGGCCGCCGGGAAGCCAUGCCGCCCUCAAUCGUCAUGUCCUCACAGAAGGUAUUGGCGUCAGGCAAGCCUGCAGAGAGCUCGGCUGCAGCUGCCACAGGGAAGAAGGCUGUGCCCCCAGCUCCUCCCAUGAAGAGGUGGGAACUGUCCAAAGACCAGCCUUACCUGUGACUCUGCGCACCCCCACCCCCACCCGGGGCACCUGGCUGGGCCCUCAGGGCCACCUGAUGCUUCCCCUCCUUGUAUUCCUUCCCGGGAGAACGUGACCUAACUUAACGACAAAUACACCUAGCUCUCCAGUAU